AACCUAAUCACGCUUUGACUUCACAUGACACUCCUUUAAGUAACUGGUCGACGGUUUCUAAUGUUUAUCCAAAUUUACUUCAACACUUCCGCUGAGUCAAACGUUUUCUCAUGGAUUCUAGUUUUUCAAGCAUUGUUCCUGCUCCCCAAGAUCCCAUACUCACUGUAUAUUUUGCUAGUAGAGAUGAUCCUAGUCCGGUUAAGUUGAAUUUGAGCGGAGGUUCCUAUCGCUCUGAGGAAGGAAAGCCUCUUGUUCUUCAGGCUGUGAGACGAGCUGAGCAACAGUUAGCAAAUGACAUGUCUCGGGACAAGGACUACCUUCCCCUUGAUGGACUUGCUGAGUUUAACAAAUUGAGCGCCAAACUCAUCUUAGGUGAUGAAAGUUCUGCAGUGAAAGAGAAUAGAGUUGUUACAAUCCAGUGUUUGUCUGGUACUGGUUCUUUGAGAGUUGGAGCUGAGUUUCUAGCAAAACACAACCAAGAACGUGUCAUAUUCGUUUCAAACCCAACGUGGGGAAACCAUCCUAAUAUUUUCAGUUUGGCGGGUAUGUCUGUAGAAUAUUAUCGGUACUAUGAUCCGAAAACCCGAGGACUCGACUUCAAAGGCAUGCUCGAGGAUCUUGGCGCUGCACCGUCUGGAGCUAUAGUAGUAUUGCAAGCUUGUGCGCAUAACCCCACAGGAGUUGACCCAACACUCAAGCAAUGGGAACAGAUUCGACAAGUUGUGAGAUCUAAAAGCUUAUUGCCGUUCUUUGAUAAUGCAUAUCAGGGUUUUGCUAGUGGUGACCUUGAGUCAGAUGCACAAGCUGUUCGUAUGUUUGUUAAUGAUGGAGGUGAAUGUUUGAUAGCUCAAAGUUUUGCCAAAAAUAUGGGUCUUUAUGGAGAGCGUAUUGGGGCUCUUACCAUUGUAUGCACCUCAGAAGAUGUGGCUAGGAAAGUAAAGAGCCAACUGCUACUUGUUGUGAGACCUAUGUAUCUUAGCCCACCUAUUCAUGGAGCAUCAAUUGUUACCACAAUUCUUAAAAACAGUGAUAUGUACAAUGACUGGACGGUUGAGCUGAAAGGAAUGGCUAACCGCAUACUUAGCAUGCGCAAACAGUUAAAUGAAGCUUUACAAGCUAGAGGCACACCUGGUGAUUGGAGCCACAUUAUCAGACAGAUUGGGAUGUUUAGUUUUACGGGGUUAAAUGAGAAGCAAGUUCGCUUCAUAGCCAAAGAGUAUCACAUUUACAUGAACUAUGACGGGAGGGUAAGCAUUGCAGGUCUAAGUUCUAAGACAGUUUCUCAACUCGCUGAUGCUAUACAUGCUGCAGUUACCCGUAUGGCCUAAUCUAGCGAUUGUGUUCUUUGUUGUAUAAUAUCUAUAUGAUUUCUUUUGCUUUUUACAUUUCAGAAGCGAAAACAACCUGUUUAAUAUCUAUAUGAUUUCUUUUUUUUCCUGAUGGACUGUUAAACCGAACAAAAUGAGGACUGUGACCGUUAUAACAAACGAAGAACGCAUAACACUAACUCAUUACUCAAACAUAAACAGCCAGGCAAGCAACCAAGUUCCAAUGGUUAAGGAAGCUAAGCAUAACCUCUAGCUUCUUCAAGAAAAGGAAAAUGGAGUUGCUGAUUUCAAUACCCGUAGCUAUUCCUUCUGAUGAAUAGUUUUGGACCUCAAAAACGUAAUAUCUCGGCUCUAAGUUUGAAUCUAUUCAAUUAUAAAAAUGGACCCUAAUUUUUUAUGUAUUUUCAUAUUUUAGUGAAAAGUAUUUGUAGUUUGUUAUAAAAGGGCCCUUAUGUAAAAAAACGUGAAAACAAAAUUGAACCAUGUACCCUGGAUAUAUGCUUAGAACCGGUACUGUUUAUCUAAGCUACAUUACCAUUAAAUCAUGGGAAAUUACUUACAAUAACACACAUCUUAGUUCUUAUUACUAGAAUAACAUACCCAAAAAAAAAAAAUAGAAAAGGUGAGUUAAAGUCCAUAAUACCCUAAUUUUAAAUGAAUUAAACCAAUUUUUAAAAUAAAAAUUCUCAGAAAAGGAAAAGUAACAAAUUAAAAAAAAAACUCACCUUCUUAAACAACGAUGAAAAAAAAAACAGAAGAAACUCUUUCUCCUUCCCCCCCCCCCCCCUCUUCCCCGACCUGAACCCUAAAUCUGUUGGUUUCUAAAUUUUCCAAUCUCUUCUCACCCUUCUCUUCUACUAAAUGCUUCGAUUCACAAGGGUAGUAAACCUGUAAUCACAGAAAUCUGACGAACCCUAAAUCCCCUUUCUGAAAUUUUGGGUUCUGUUGAUUUCGUCACUCCUAGAAGCUCAUCUCCGCUUGAAUCACUUAUAUUCAUAUCUCCUGACAUCAAAGGUCGGCUCUGUGUCUUUAGAAACCUUUUAUUUUUUUGUAUCAUUGAUUUACUAAUUGUCUAACUCAGUUUUCAUAUGUUUCUGGAAAAUAUUGUUUUUCAUGUCUGUCUUAUUACAUUGUACAUUUUUGACAGAGAGAUGAGUACAUCAGACUGUCCAAAAACAUAUCCAAAAAGGCUUUAUGAGGAGGGAAAAUGUCCAUUGCAACAUCGAAGCAUGAAUCAUAGCUGUCACUUGGCAAGUUUACAGAUGGUCGAGGAAUCAGUUGGCAUAGAUGCAUGGGAAUCCAUUAAAGAAUCAGCUGUUGGAGUUAUUCUGAGGUUCAAAGACCUCGAUUAUACCUGGUCUGCCCAAGCUGUUCACCAUUUACUUACAAACCAGCUAGUAGUCGAUAGUAUCCAUGAGGUGUGGUCUCUGAUAGAAGGACAGCCAAUUAGGUUUUCAUUACAUGAGUUUGGUGAAAUAACAGGUUUAAAUUGUGAGCCUUUCAACAUAGAUGAUAAGGUUGAGGUUGAUCAUAAGCCAUUUUGGGAAGAGAUGGGUGUGUCUGCUGCACAUGGUUCGAUGCUAUCUGAGUUGAGAUCAUUGCUCCCACGCAUUAAGAAUUGGCCGUUUGAGAAGAGAAGAAUGAUUGGCCUGCUCUGUGUCUUAUCUGUCGGAAUACUUGGAAUAUCUCCAGGUAGUAGAAUUCCUUUGGAAGCAGCAAAGAGAGUCUUAGACGCAGAAGCAUUUGAAAGAUAUCCUCCACGCAUAGCCGAACUCGUUCAAACUUUAGGCCACGGAAGAAACCUUGCAACUGACAGAUAUUCUCAAUUUUUACUGGGGGUGUGUCAAGAUUAAGAUUCUUCAAACUCUUCUUGCUGAACAUGUAACUCAAUUCAACGUUAACUUGUCCCUUAUCUAAUCUGUAAUCCUCGUGAACCUUGUUUAUCAAAUCUUCGAAGCUUGUGUUGUCAUUCACUGGAAUUACUUUGGUUCCUCUUUUGUUAUCAACGUGAAACAUCCACCUUUCCUUCUCGAA